AUGAAAACCAAGUCAACGCUCCUUGUUGUGUUCCUCUUGGCCCUGUUCCUCGGUCAUGUCACGGGUCACGGAGGAGGUGGUGAUUCUCCCGCCGGUGAUUCCAACAGCGUAGACUUGCAUUCGAAGGGUCUGAUCCUCGUCAAAGUAUGGUGUUUGAUCAUCUUCUUUGUGAGCACUUUCGCUGGUGGGGUGUCUCCAUACUUCUUGCGAUGGAACGAGACUUUUCUUCUUUUGGGGACUCAGUUCGCUGCUGGGGUUUUCUUGGGAACCUCUUUGAUGCAUUUCUUGGCCGAUGCUAAUAGCACCUUCCUUGACCUCACCACAAAAUCUUACCCUUUUGCCUUCAUGCUCGCUGCAUCUGGGUACGUUCUCACCAUGCUUGGUGACUGCGUUAUCGUCUUUGUCACCAGCAAUAGCAAGAGGGAGGCCAAAGUGUUGGAACUGGAAGGUGGGACUACACCCCAAGAACAUGACCAAGUUACAGAUCACAGUGCAGCGCACACAACAAACCCUAUGUUGUUGAAGACUUUUUCUGUGGGAGACACCAUUCUUCUCAUCCUUGCACUGUGUUUCCAUUCAGUUUUUGAAGGCAUUGCAAUUGGAGUUGCAGGUACUAAAGCGGAUGCAUGGAAGAACUUAUGGACAAUAUCCUUACACAAGAUAUUUGCUGCUAUCGGAAUGGGAAUUGCUUUGCUAAGGAUGUUACCUAAGAGACCCUUGGUAACAACGGCAGCAUAUUCUUUCGCCUUUGCCAUCUCAAGCCCCAUUGGUGUGGGGAUUGGCAUUGCCAUAGACUCCACAACACAAGGACGCACCGCAGAUUGGAUAUUUGCUAUAUCAAUGAGUAUUGCUUGUGGGGUCUUCAUCUAUGUUGCCAUCAAUCAUUUAAUAUCCAAAGGCUUCAUACCGCACCAAGCAACACGUUUCGACACUCCCUGGUUUAGGUUUCUCGCUGUGCUUUCUGGUGUAGCUGUUAUUGCAGUUGUCAUGAUCUGGGACUGA